GCAAGUACUGUACUUACUUGCAUACAUAUAAUAUUACUACGCAAUACUGUAGUGCUGCUUCGCCUGUUUUAAAGCGCCGGCAUGAAUGCUGUGGGCGGGGUUGUACAUAUGCGCCUGCAGAUUGUGGCACACGUAAAGGGAGGAAGUGCAGCAACACAAACUCAUUCCUGUUUUUUUCCUUCAGUCGUUCAAAUCAAUUUGUUCUUGACAGUUACUGUAAUUUACAAAAACCCUCGCUCGUUUUACGAUUGCAUAUAUCAUGCUGCUUUUCUACUUCGUGCAAAUUGAGUUGUCCGCAUGAUUUAUCAAGCAUGGUCAGGUUCCCGUGAUGCAAAUACGGUAUAAUAUAGAACAACGCGAAGGAUUUUAUCACUGCUUUACCAAAACUGGAUUCAUCAGAAUAUGUGGUGCUUAGGAUUAAUAAAAAAAGCGGGGAAAACUUCAAGCAGAGUGCAUCUCGUAAUUAUUUAAUUAGGACGUCUUAAUGGUCAUCAGCAUGGACUUCUUACGGGGACUGGAUGAUAAUGCAUCCGAUUUCGAUGGUCUAGACGUACUGAACAAAAUCAAAGCGUGCAUUAAUAAUGCCGCCGGCUGUUCGGCAUCGGAACUGGGAGCUGACCUUGGUCAGUCUCUGGAUGAAUUACAGGAGAGUGUCAGUCUGCGUCUGGCCAAUCAGACUGACCUCUUGUAUGAUUAUCGUGCCUUAUCGGAUAUGCCGUUUCCGGUUAGCUUUGACAAUGCAUACAUUGUGUGCAUCUGCCUCGCUUAUGCCAUCAUUAUUAUAACCUCUAUCGUUGGGAAUGUUCUCGUGUGCUACGUCAUCAUCAAAAUGCGGAGAAUGCACACAGUGACGAAUCUAUUUAUCCUGAAUUUGGCUGUAUCGGAUUUAUUGAUUACUUGCCUAAACAUUCCAUUUAGCCUGGUACGGCUUCUAAUGGAUGAUUGGCCUCUGGGAUCGGUAUUAUGUCAACUAUUGCCAUUUGUGCAGAUAACGGCAGUUUAUGUUUCCAGUUGGACAAUGGUGUGUAUUGCGUACGAUCGACUGCGGGUGAUUGUGUUUCCAUUACGUCCGCGUUUGACCUUCCGUGCCGGUGUGAUUAUGGUGAUUGUUAUGUGGAUCCUAGCCUCAUUGAUGUCCACACCGUAUGCCGCUUUCCAUCAAGUCACCCAGUUCCAGUUCACGAAACCAACCAAAUUGUGCGCAGCGAUGUAUCCGAGUGGAUUGGAUUUCCGGCAAUAUUUAUCCUUGGGAACAUUUAUCCUGCAGUUUUUUAUUCCACUGAACAUCACUGGAUUUUCUUAUGGAAUAAUCGGACUAAAUCUCUGGUCAACUAAAGCCAUACUUAAAGCAAACGGAAACCAUCAAACCAAUCAUCUGUCGAGUAUUCUGCGGAACCGGCAGAAGACGAUUAAAAUGCUGGUAGCGGUGGUAAUGGUGUUCUCCGGAUGCUGGUUGCCAAUAUCGCUUUACCAUCUGACCCGCGAUUUUAACCCCCAGAAUGAUUCCUCCAAUCAUAACGUAUUUGUCUUCUUCAUUCUUCACUGGCUAGCUAUGAGCAGUGUGGCGUACAAUCCCGCUAUCUAUUGUUGCUGGAACCAGUGCUAUCGAUCACAGGCGAAGCGUUUGGCGAGACAUUUAUGUCAGUGCUGUGUGUGCUGCUGGCGUGGCCGUGGCGUGGAUGGCGGCACUUCACAAGCCAAAGUGCGCAUAGAAGGCCUCAUCGUCAGGUUCAGCCGGAAACCUGAUUAUCCCAUGAAUGGCAGCAUUGAAUUCAGCCAGAGAUCCUUCAAUUGGGACAGCAUUAACGGUGUGAAAGAAAUUAUUCAUGUGCAAGAAGGCAAACGAACUUACACGCCAGCACAAAGAGUGGCAUUAUAGCGGCGCCAAGCGACGCUGAACUGUUGGACGGGGCAAUUUGGGCAUUUUUUUACUAGCCUCAGAUUGACGGAAUCCCAGCGACACUUCAAACUGUGAUGCUUCCCCGGUGUUUCGGGUGAAAAGGGGACCCCGCAUACACAACUGGACAGGAAUGGAAACCGGCGUGCGCACAGUCAGCGGUCACAAUUAUCGGCUGGCGGCAUGCCGGUCAUGGCCGUGGCCUUAAUUUCACCGGCAUUCAUGUUCCGGUGUUGAUCGGCUGAUUUACGGGGAAGCGUUUUGCUCCUCUAUGUGGUAUCCGGUGCGGAUACGCAACUGGCGCCUGGCGAGAAAGUUUUGUACAAAUUCUUUCCAAAAAACCGUGUAAUUAGUAUGGCUUUAUGUAAAGGUCACGCAAAAAAUGUUAUGCGGAAUCUGAAGUUCCGAUAUAAUUUACAUAUGAUUCUAUCGCUUGAUUCAUUUGCAAGAUCGAAAGUAAUAGCAAAAAUUGGAUUGCUUAGCCGAGUGUGGAUGUUAAUUUAAGGUCACGAUCAUGUCCUAGAGGAUUAACCGCAGUCCAUGAAAAAAGGGUAAAAUUGUGUAAAUACUAAA